AUGGAAGUGGGCAUGGGUUAUUACAAUAUCACACAAUUCAUUAUAAAUAUAUUUGAAAAUUCGCGACAAAACAUAUUCCCGGUAAAAGUUCUGGUGUCAGUGCAGCCCUGGUUUUGGUGUGAUUUCUCAUGUGACAGCUGUGCUCAGAGAAAAAUAAUGAUAAGUCAAGUUGGACAAGAGCUCUCCAAGGUGCCGCUUCGCAUUUUAGACCACCGCGUAUUUGUAAACGGCGAAAUCGAAACCUUUCUGGAGAAUUUCGAGGUGCGCCGCAACGACAGCGAAGUGGAGAAACUUUUCCAAGUCACCGAGACAGUGGGAUCCCUGAAGUACGAUCUCUCCGACCGGUGCAUUGCAUCCGGAACGCAGAACCUCACCCAACUGCACACGCAGGUUAACCAACUGCUGGACGGGGUCAACGCACUGCUAGCAAAGGCGAAAGUGGAGCGAACUGCCAGCACCCAGUUGCAAGAGGCGCGACUGGCACGUGAGCAACGCCGGGCGGAGUUCCUGACCAAUUUGGAGCACGGCUAUCGCCGCAUCGAAAACUCGUUCGAGGAGAAGGAGGAGGAAAUCGCCGAGCUCUACUCGGAUCUGCAAUUGAAACUAAACAUUGCCAAGUAGACAUCAUGCUGAAGUCGACGAUCGUGGACGCUCGGGUGCGCCUGGUGCCAUCGAAAAAAA